AUGGCUAGUGGAAAAGUCUUAGAGGAGACUUAUCGGAAGUGGGUCCAGUAUAAAGAAGACUGUGUCAAAAUGAUAGAAAAUGAGCCGCUCUCUCAAGUGGGCUUGUUCUGUAACAGGACAUUUGACAGAUACGCCUGCUGGCCAGAUACUCCUGCUGGUUCUGUAGUCAACAUCUCAUGCCCUUUCUACCUGCCUUGGUAUGACAAAGGUAAAUCACACUUACAACUGACUGUUUCUUCUCCAGUGUCCCAGGGAGUUGUGCGUCGGCAGUGUGGCUCUGAUGGCCUCUGGGAGAGAGAGGACAGCGGGCAGGUGUGGAGGGACAUGACCCAGUGUGAGGAGGAAAAAGAGGUCACAUCACAGGAGCUGUGGUUCAAACAAUUGAUGGUGAGCUUCAGGAUGCUGUACACUGUUGGCUAUUCCGUGUCCCUCUUGACGCUCAUAACAGCUCUUAUCAUUCUCCUGAGCUUUAGGAAACUUCAUUGCACUAGGAACUACAUUCAUGCUAACCUUUUCCUCUCCUUCAUCCUGCGAGCUGUAUCUGUCAUUGUCAAGGACACCAUGCUAGAACGCCACUGGGGACGAGAAAUCAUGAAACAGACUGACGUGAGUGAGAUGCUCAGUCACCAGGCUGCUUUUGGCUGCCGGAUAGCACAGGUGAUGAUGCAGUACUGUGUCCUGGCCAAUCACUAUUGGUUCUUUGGAGAGGCUAUUUAUUUGUACUCUGUGCUUAUAGCCUCAGUGUUGAUUGACAACAACAAAUAUUUGCCUUACAUCUGUCUUGGCUGGGGAACACCACUUGUAAUUGUGGUUCCCUGGGUAGUGAUGAAGCUACUGAAAGAAAACAAAGAGUGUUGGGCUGUCAAUGAGAACAUGAACUACUGGUGGAUCAUUCGUUUCCCAAUUCUUUUUGCUUCACUAAUCAACUUUCUGAUUUUCAUGAAGAUCCUGAAGGUCAUUCUUUCCAAAUUACGAGCCAGCAACCAGAGUGGAUACCCCGAUUACAAACUUCGGCUUGCCAAGGCAACCCUUACCCUCAUUCCUCUGUUUGGGAUUCAUGAGGUCAUAUUCAUCUUUGCUACAGAUGAGCAGACCACUGGCAUUCUGCGCUUUAUUAAAGUUUUCUUCACGCUUUUUCUCAAUUCAUUUCAGGGCUUCCUAGUGGCUGUGCUCUACUGCUAUGCCAAUAAAGAGGUGAGGACAGAGCUGAAGAGGAAGUUACGCAGCUGGAGGAUACAGGCAGAGAUUGUAUGCUGCGGACAGUGACUAACCGUGCUGGACUCUCGAGUAGACGCUUUCUCCAUCGCCACAGUAGCAGAGCGCAACAGAUCUUCUAGCACAACGAGAAGGGCAGUGCCUGAUGGUUCACCCACUCCUGAGAGUUCACUGAUUUUCAGACAUCAAGUUCAGCCAACUUCCCCACAACCUGAUGCUUCUUUGCUGCACUGUCCAUCAGUGGUCAACAGGGAUAACCCCAUCCAGCAUGGGGAUCGGGAUGAGACUGGACAGUCCUCUGUGGCAAUGCAGGUGUCCUUCCUCAUUCAUCUUCAAGACCCUGUGGAGUUACUCCCACAUGUUAUAAAUAUAGAUUCAGACUGAAUACAUUGAUGCAUUCACUGUACAUUUUAAGAUUAUAUGUGGUUUAUUUUGAAAAUGUAAAACUUUGAAUAAGUAAUUAAGUAAGUUUUUAAAUUAUGAAUAUGUGAAUAAGUGAUUGUGACCAUUUAAGACUCGAGACAUCUUUAA